GUAAAAAUGCCUAAAACUUCCCUAAUUGAGGGCCAUUAUCUACAAUCUCUUUAAAUAGCUGUAAACCUUUUGGCCUUUAUUUAUUGCAAUAGUGCUAAUCUGCUUUAUUAGUGAUUAACUUGGUAACUGUAGUACAUUAACAUUGUCACAUAGUGACUUGCAUGUCCUUGUUUUUUACACUGUUGUAUUGUGUUCUAAAAUUUUAUUUCGUGUAAUCUCGGCUAAAUUGAAUAGAGGGCUUGCCCUCGAUUGUAUCUCCGAAAACUAAAUAAAGGUUGAUGAUAUGAGGGGAGUUAACCAAGGAAAACUUACAACUGAUCGUGCAAACGAGCAGUUGUUUCAAACACCCGUACGAAAGAUUUAAAAGUUAGAGGUUUCCUUAUCUCCAUUUUGUGCAGAUACUGUAAUUUGGUCAAAUUACUUAUCAAUGUUAAAAAUGAAAGUGGUGUUUGCAGUGUGGGUGAGACCAAACUAAGGUUUAUAUAUAAAUUAAUACAUGCAACAUCCUACUUUUCCGAUGUUAUUGAUACCAUCAGCCGGAACCUUAACGUGUCCAUGUCGCGCUCUUACCGUACAAUUUAACAAGUUACACUUGUCACUUCCGGCGCUUGUUUGGCUGGUUUGAAAUGAGAACGUUCGCCGUAUAAAGCAUAAUUUUAAUGCUUUAAUGGCAGGUUUAUUAAAUGUGGAUACACGCUGGGAGACAAGACGAGUCCUAUAGAGUGUACUACUGGAUCAACUUAACUCUUGCUACCGUACUAUGUUCAAAAAGAUGACUGAAUUUGGUCCAGAUUCCGGGGGACGAGUUAAGGGAAUAACCAUUGUGAAGCCCAUUGUGUUUGGGAACGUUGCCCGUUACUUUGGAAAAAAGAGAGAGGAGGAUGGACACACACAUCAGUGGUCUGUCUAUGUGAAGCCUUACAGAAAUGAGGAUAUGUCUGCUUAUGUGAAAAAGAUCCAGUUUAAGCUACAUGAGAGCUAUGGUAACCCACUGAGAGUGGUGACUAAGCCUCCAUAUGAGAUUACAGAGACGGGCUGGGGGGAGUUUGAAAUCAUCAUCAAGAUCUUCUUCAUUGACCCCAAUGAGAGACCUGUGACUUUGUACCAUCUGUUGAAGCUGUUCCAGUCAGACUCCAGUGCCAUGCCUAAGAAGACCGUUGUCUCUGAAUUCUAUGAUGAAAUGAUCUUCCAGGAUCCUACAGCCAUGAUGCAGCAGCUACUGACCACGUCGAGACAACUCACCCUUGGAGCAUACAAGCAUGAGACAGAAUUCGGUGAGCUGGAGCAGAGGACCAAGGAAAAAAUGGAAGCAGCAAAGAAGAGAACCAGCCAGGAAAUCACAGAGCUGAAAGAUAAACUAAAAGCCAGCAGAGAAAACAUCAACCACCUAAAGGCAGAAAUCCGGAAACUGGAGGAGGACGGAGACCACAAGGACCACUGAGAAAUGAGCAAACACAGACAGAAGUGAUUUAAAAAAACAAACAGGCAUUGUUGUGACAUAUUUUGAUUACACUUUUUUGUUAUUUAGUGUGUGUGUGUGUGUUUUUUUUUUUACAUGAUCUCUUAACAUCACAUAGCUCAGAGAAGACAUAAAAUGAUUUCCCCAUAAAAUAUUUACUACUGCAGCACUGAAAAAAAUGACAUCUUGCUUGUGGCUGAAACAUGGAUUUUGUGAUUGCUUCUUUUUAGACCUGUCAUUGUUUUCUUUUCUACCCAAACAUUACUGGAUCAGCUGGUUGUAAGGUAGAAUGACGACAUGUAAUUUUGUUAUACAUGUUUUUGCAAUAUUAAUCUUGUCCAAUCCUCUUGAUGUAAUUGAUCCCUGUGAAGUGAGCCUGAGCAGAGGUCUAAUCACCCAAAAUUAAGCAUCCCCAUAGUAUUCACACCUACCUGAUGAGAUGUCCACAUUUGUGUAAACAGUUUUGAAUGUGAAUAGCUCAUUUGUUUUUUACUGAGCUUUCGGUUUUCUAUAUAAAGUAAAUGUCUUACAGGAUUGCUUGUAUAUGUUUUUUUUUCUGUUGUAACCAUUUGGGUGAAGUCUUUUGAAAAACUGUUAAAAAGAGAACUUGUCACCAAAACUGAGCACCUGCUUGACCCAUUACGGUUUGCGUAUAGGACUGGGCGAGGGGCAGAAAAUGCUAUCACCACUCUGCUAAACCUUGUUUUUAAACAUCUUGAAGGCAGCAAAACCCACGCCAAGCUGCUAUUUGUGGAUUUCUCGUCUGCUUUUAAUACAAUACAAUCCAACCCCACAUUUGAAUCUAAAAGCUCAUUAAGAACUUUGGUUUGGAUUUAAAUGUUAUGGGCUGGAUCCUCUCUUUUUUUUUUUAACUAACAGAAGUCAGAGAGUGAGGGUGAAUGGAUGCAUGUCAGGAGAAUUAAGUUCAACUACAGGGUUCCCUCAGGGCUGCGUCCUUUCUCCACUACUCUAUAUUCUGGAAAAUAAUGACUGCUGCAGCCGUUGUGACACAAGAUUCAUUUUAAAGUUUGCAGAUGACUCUGUCAUAGUCAGUCUUCUUCAUGCUUGUGAAAACAGCCACGGUCCUGUUGAUGAGUUUGUACAGUGGUGUGACAGCAAGUACCUGGGGAAUUGUAUUGAUGACAUGCUGAAUUUUAAUUAUAACUCUUGAGAUGCUGUGUAAGAAGGGUCAGCCACGUUUGUUCUGCCUCCGGAAGUUAUCUCAGUUUCAUGUUGAUAAGACCCUCAUGAUUCCAUUUUACAGAUGUUAUAUCGAGUCCGUUUGAACCUUUUCUUUAAUCUGUUGGUGCAGGAACCUCGGCAACACCCACCCUCUUUACUCUGAAUUUCAAAUGAUGUCUUCUGGCUCUAGGUUCAGAUUCCCCGUGAUUAAGGUGUCAGGUACAAGCAUUCCUUCAUCCCCACAGCCAUCUCACUUGUGAACUCAGGCCCGGGGGAGGAGGUAAUAACUCAUAACUCACUUGGCAAAAUGUGUAGUUUAGUUAGCGAUAUGAUGUGGUUGGUGAUGAUGAUGAUGAUGAUGAUGAUGAUGAUUAUGAUAAUGAUGUCUAUGAUGCUGAUGUGGUCAGUUUGUGUUAUGAUGGAAGAGAUGUUGAUCAUGUAUUCAACAUGCCUGGUCACUUUGCACUUUAUUGUGGGUAUUUGUAGCUUUUUCGUCAUUCUGCCGCAUUUUUAGAUGUUAUUGAUACUAUGCUUUCUACACAAGUCUGUCGCCAGUGACUAUUGUUGGUCUUCCAGCCCACUGGUAUUCAGGUCACCCCCAUCUCCUUCUGUAUUGUAUGACUAUGUUGUUUUUCAUGUAUUGUAUACCUUGCUGCAAAAUCAGUUGUCCUCCGGGGAUAAAAUAAAGUUGAAAGUUGGGUU